AUGAAAUAUACCUCUAAAAAGCAGCUAAUUCACCUGACUGUUGCUCAUGUCAAAAAGGUUUAUCAGAAAGGGUUAAUAGGAUUGGAAGCUGCUUAUGCAAUCAAGCAGCAUAGUUCACAUAGACAGGAGUAUUCUUAA